AAGAUAACAUAUGUAUUUAUACAUAGGCAAGCUCCGUCGUUCCAAACCCUAGCCAUUCCUCCAAAUAAAACCCUAAUUUUUAAGGGAAAUAUCCAUUUCAUCCAUGGCCAAAAAGCGAAAGCAACGAUCCUCCGAACCCCAACCCACCAAAACAACGCCGGAUCCUCAACCAAUCCAACAACAACCCGAAUAUGUACCCGACGAAGAUCCGAACCCCAAAGUAGAAGAGGAACUGCAACUACAGGAAGUGGAAGAGGAAGUAGAAGUGGAAGAAGAAGUUGAAGUAGAAGAGGAAGUUGAAGAAGAAGACGACGAUGACGACGAUGAAGAAGCUCAAAAUCAAACCCUAGUCGGUUCCUCUAACGCCAACGGAGCCCCGAAAGAAACGGGUCAAGAAGAGGAUUUGGACGACGAGCCGUUCGAGAAACUUCUGGAACCAUUCGGGAAAGAUCAAUUGAUUACCCUUAUCAGGAGAGCCGUUGAUAAGCACCCGGAAUUUAUCUCGUCAGUUCGGGAGUUCGCAGAUGCGGACCCGUCCCAUCGGAAGAUCUUCGUUCAUGGGCUAAGUUGGGAUACCACUGCGGAAACCCUCACCGCCGAAUUUUGUAAGUAUGGGGAAAUCGAAGAAUGCAAAGCUGUUACCGAUAGGGUUUCUGGGAAAUCUAAAGGUUACGCCUUUAUUCUAUUUAAGCAUCGUAGUGGGGCACGCCGGGCUUUGAAACAACCCCAGAAGAAGAUUGGAAAUCGAACUACUUCUUGCCAGUUGGCUUCACAGGGGCCGGUUCCGGCGCCGCCUCCUACGGCUCCUCCUGUUUCCGAGUAUACUCAAAGGAAGAUUUUUGUUAGCAAUGUGUCAGCUGACUUGGACCCGGAGAAGUUGCUUGAGUUUUUUAAGCAGUAUGGGGAAGUUGAGGAAGGUCCAUUGGGGCUCGAUAAGCAGACGGGGAAACCAAAGGGGUUUGCCCUUUUUGUAUACAGGUCGGUUGAGAGUGCGAGGAAAGCGUUAGAAGAGCCUCAUAAAAAUUUUGAAGGUCAUGUUUUGCAUUGCCAAAAAGCCAUUGAUGGGCCGAAAUCGACUAAAGGGGGUUACGGAGGAGGUACUUCCGGUGGGCAUCAUCAGCAGUACCAACAGCAUCAGCAUCAGCAAGGACAUCAGAUUCAGUCUCAUUUCCAUCAUGCUAAGAAGGGAAAGUACUCAUCUGGUGGAUCAGAGACUGGUCAUUUGAUGGCUCCAUCUGGACCUACUGCAGUUGGGUUCAACCCUGGAGUUGCUGCUGGUGGGUUUAACCCUGCUGCUGCUGCACCUGCUUUAAACCCAGCGCUUGGACAGGCUUUGACUGCAUUGCUUGCUGGCCAGGGUGGUUUGGGGCUUGGUAAUCUGCUUGGAGGGCUUAGUGGCGCCCCUGUGAACCAAGGGACACCUGCUGCAGGGUAUGGGAAUCAGGUUGCUGGAGGCUAUGGAGUGCAGGGUGGAUAUCAGAACCCACAGAUGGGUCAGGGCGGCGCUGGUAGGAAUCAACCUGGUAGUGGUGCUCCUUACAUGGGACAUUAGGUAUGGCCUAAGAUGCUCUCAUAGAUGCAUCAAUCAUUUUAUUUUCGACUCUGGUGAUUCUGAAGUUCCAGGCACUCAUGCAAACGUGGUCUUUAAAUUUGUAACAAAAAGUUGUUACUGUUUGCCCGCUAUAAAGAUCUGAAAUCCUAAACCUGUAUUUUCAUAUUUAAUUUUGUACUCUUUCCCCUUCACAUGUUUUCAAAAAGGUGUAGAAGAAAAAUGUUGGGGGAACAGGUAGAAUUUUCAUGCGGACGCUACUAUGCCUUUUCAUGUUUUUCGAGUGUGACUCAAACAAUGCCUUUUCUGCCCCCCCCUAAAUAGACUGAUACACUCGUCUUGUGGCGACUGUUUCUUAUGUGAAUCAGAAGGUUCUUAAUUUAGUUUAAAUGUGACAACAAUUUUGGGGUUAUUCCACAUUUUCUUGAA